AUGAUGGCAACCGGGCUACAUCCACGCGUUAUGCUCCUGCUCUGCUUCCUCUCCACCGCAGCGUGUAAUAUGUUUGCAUUCACCGAGGAGCCCUCUGAGAGAGUCGGGAAGGGAGACGGCUAUUGUAAUCGAAUAGUACGGGCUCAGAUCAAUCGGAAGGAUAGCAACACCGAGUUUCGCCUCCGUGUUGAGGGAGACCCGGAGAGCUAUCAGCCAGGGAGCACAUACAGAGUAACUCUGAUUGCAUCAAGUCCCUCCUACUUUAGAGGGUUCACCCUCAUUGCCUUGAGGGAAGGUGCAGAAGGAGACAAGGACGAGGACUACAUCGGAAAUUUCCAGAUAAUUGAUGAGGAAGAAACACAGUUUAUGACUAACUGCCCUUCUGCAGUGACAGAGAGCACUCCUCGCAGACGCACCAGCAUCCAGGUGUUUUGGACUGCACCCCCUAGUGGCUCCGGUUGUGUCUUCAUCAAAGCGAGCAUUGUGCAGAAGAGGAUAAUCUAUUUCCAAGAUGAAGGCUUGCUCACCAAGCGAAUGUGUGAGAAAGAAUCCCUCUAUGGAGACACUACAGAUAAACCUGUGCUCGACUGUUGUGCCUGUGGAACUGCCAAGUACAGAGUAACCUUCUAUGGGAACUGGUCAGAGAAGAUUCAUCCCAAAGACUAUCCACGUCGUGCCAAUCACUGGUCAGCAAUUAUUGGUUCAUCUCACUCUAGGAACUAUGUGCUGUGGGAAUAUGGAGGCUUUGCAAGUGACGGGGUCAAGCAGGUCGCUGAACUGGGCUCCCCAGUCAAGAUGGAGGAGGAGAUCAGACAGAAGGGUGAUGAUGUACUGACAGUCAUCAAAAUGAAAGCACAAUGGCCAGCCUGGCAACCACUUAAUGUGCGGGCUGCACCCUCAGCUGAAUUCUCAGUGGACCGCAACCGUCACCUCAUGUCCUUCCUGACCAUGUUGGGGCCCAGUCCAGAUUGGAAUGUGGGUCUGUCUGCUGAGGACUUGUGCACCAAGGAGUGUGGCUGGGCGCAGAGGGUAGUCCAGGACCUUAUCCCCUGGGAUGCAGGCACUGACAGUGGAGUGACAUAUGAGUCUCCCAACAAGCCCACUGUGCCCCAGGAAAAGAUACGGCCCCUGACCAGUCUGGACCAUCCACAGAGUCCUUUCUAUGAUCCUGAAGGGGGUGCCAUCACUCCUGUGGCCAGGCUUGUGGUGGAACGUAUUGCUAGAAAGGGUGAACAGUGUAACAUUGUACCAGACAAUGUAGAUGACAUUGUAGCAGACAUUGCCCAAGAGGAGAAAGAGGAAGAUGAUACCCCUGAGACAUGCAUCUACUCCAACUGGUCUCCAUGGUCUGCCUGCAGCUCAGCCACUUGUGAAAAGGGCAAACGAAUGAGACAGAGGAUGCUAAAGGCCCAGUUGGACCUUAGUGUUCCCUGCCCGCACACACAGGAUUUUGAGCCUUGCAUGGGACCUGGAUGCAGUGAUGAGGAUGCAUCCACCUGUAUGAUGUCAGAGUGGAUCACCUGGUCUCCAUGCAGUUUGUCCUGUGGGAUGGGCACCCGUUCUCGAGAGCGUUAUGUUAAGCAGUUUCCAGAUGAUGGCUCAGUCUGCACCCUGCCUACAGAGGAGACCGAAAAUUGUGUGGUCAACGAAGAAUGCUCUCCCAGCAGUUGCUUGGUUACAGAAUGGGGUGAAUGGGAUGUCUGCAGUGCCACUUGCGGUCUUGGCAUGAAGAGGAGGGAGCGCAUGGUCAAGAUGCCUCCUGCAGAUGGCUCUGUUUGUGGAGCAGAGGUGCUGGAAGUGGAGAAAUGCAUGAUGCCAGAAUGUCACACUAUCCCCUGCAUGCUGACUCCAUGGUCUGACUGGAGUGACUGCAGUGUGACGUGUGGGAAGGGUUUAAGGACGCGCCAACGCACGCUCAAGUCUCCAGUGGAGCUGGGAGAGUGUACAGAAGAGUUAGAACAGGUGGAGAAGUGCAUGCUACCAGAGUGUCCCAUAGACUGUGUCAUGUCCGAGUGGAGCGAGUGGUCAGAGUGUAAUAAGUCCUGCGGGAAAGGUCAUACAAUCCGGACGCGCAUGGUGAAGCUGGAGCCUCAGUUUGGUGGAGACCACUGUCCUGAAGCCAUCCAGAGGAAGAAAUGUAAGAUCAGGAAGUGCAGUAGAGGACAAGCAAACAGUGAUGAGAAGAAACGACGCAAGGAGCAGCGUGAAAAAAGGAGGAGCAAACAGGGCAGGGCUGAGGUCGCCUCUGAGCAUCCAGGAUGUAAAAUGAGGCCGUGGUCAAGUUGGACAGACUGUACCAAACUGUGCGGUGGAGGUAUUCAAGAACGGCUCAUGACAGUGAAGCAGAGGUUUAAGACUGCCCAGCUGUCCAGCUGCAAGGACAGGAAGGAGAUCAGAGCUUGUAAUGUGCACCCCUGCUAG